GAGAGAGAAAUUUAGGGUUUUUCUUCAACUGAAAACUCUGGGAGUGAGGAACCACUCAGAUUGACGCAAUCGUCCGCGGCUACCUGUGAGUGCAAUCGAAGUUGUGCUUCUUCUAUCAAUCAAUUUGGAGGUUUUCUUUUUCUUCUCACUGUUUGUCGUGUGCGUCUGGUACAUUUUCAUGUUCAACACGUGGUUGUGUGUGAAGGAUGAAUUUGAACAAGCCGUUUCACCUCUUGCUGUUUCCGACCAAAAAAUUCAAUUUCUUUUUAUGAAUUCCACUGGCUUUUUCGAAUGAUUUUGCUGAAUAUGCAAAUGUCCAUUUGCAGAUACAGUGCAGAUUUGUUAUUAAUACGGUGUUUCGUGUAAUUUAUGUUGGUUGAGUAACUGUGUUGCUAGAGGAUGCAGGCAGCUUUUCAAUCUUUGCAUGUGUGUGUGAUUUUGGUUGCUAGUGUGAUUAAGACUUUGUCAGUUUUGGUUUGAAACGCAGGGGCAGAAAAAGGGGUGGCAUAGAAACUGAACAAGUGAAGAUAAACUGAUGAGCAGAAAAUGACUAGGCUUUCUUUUAGGCCACGGCCACUUGACAUUCACAAGAAGCUCCCCAUUGUCAAGUCUAUCAAGGACUUCGAUGAUGAUGAGACUCCUACUUCUACCCGAAAUUCGCAGUUGUUACGUGUAGCUCCUGAGGUUGAUAAUGAGGUACAUCCAGUUCCCAACACUCCCAACAAGAAAGGGGCUUCUGAAAUACCUAUACCUCAGUUUGUUGUUGUGGAUACAUAUGAAAGGGAUUAUUCUUGCACUUUCUCUCAACCAAAUUCGUACUUGCGGGCUAGAGGAGCUCGGACAGAGAUUGGAGAGUUUGUUGAGUAUGACUUGGACAAUGAAGACGAAGAUUGGCUUUUAGAGUUUAACAAAGAAAGGAACAUUCUGACACCUGAAAUGUUUGAGAGUCUUAUUUUCAAGUUGGAGGUAUUGGAUCAUAAGGCCCGUGAAAGAGCUGGAGUUUUAACACCUACUCUUGGUUCACCAAUUCCUGUGCUGCUACGUCUUGAUGCUGCCAUUGAGGCCCUACAAGCCCAGUCGAUCAAAUAUUCAGUUAUCCAGCCUGGAUAUGAUUACUGGAAAGAGAAGCGAGAAAGGUGGCAAAAGCCAAUUUUGCGACGUUUGCAGCCACCUCCACCUGCUAACGAUACCAACCCAUAUAAUGUCUUUCGGCCAAGGGAAAAGGCCCACAGGCUUCACACGAGAAGGAUGCAAAGGAGAGAAAACAAUGUGCAAUCAUUUGAAAAGCUUCGCCAGGUUAGGCGCAACCUUGAACAAGCAAAAAGCUUGUUGCAAGCUUUGAUCAAGCGGGAGGAGAAAAAACGAAAAGUGAUGGACAGUGAAGUUACACUACAACGGAUGCAAAUGAAGUACAAGCAUGAAACUGAAUUUUUGGAAGACAGCUUAGCACUUCCUGGAUUCACUCCCUUCUCUUCAAAGAUUGUGUCCACCGAGGAGGAAUUUUUUGAUUCAGAAGAUAUCAUGACUAUCCGUUCUCAUACACGGCCUUCUGCAGUACAGAAUCUACCUUCCUAUGAUACUAACCUGCCUGCAAUGUUCACAAAGCAAGAAUUCAAGAGGCGAUAUAUCCCACAUGGGUGGCCUCAUAAAUUGUAUGGUUGCGUUAUUGCAUUUGGAAUAUGCAGGAUCCUCUGGAGCCAGUUUUGUUGUUUACAAAACCGUUACUUCCAGAGAAGUUGGCCAUGGCAGGCAUUCUUCCACCGUCAGAUUCUUUUACAGAAAAUGGGGUGUCAACACAUUCAUAUAAAUUCAGUGGCAGAAUUGGCCGAGGGGGCCGUAUAAUAUUUGACAGAUGUAAUCCACUUUUACAAACUCCAAUUGACUGUGGUGAUUCUUAUUAUAUGCCACCGAAACCGCGGCCUUCAUUCAACAUGUAAUUAAUCUAGCCAUGCCUAAAGCUAAAAUUGGUACCUUGGUGGACAGGAAUUCAAUUGAUAAUAAUUAGGAGUGCUAGAGGUAGCGAGAGACCGAAAAUUAUGUGUAAAAUUAUUAAGAAAUGUUUAGAAGUCAGUGAUUUGGCUAUAGAUAUGAGUUAUAAUGAGAUGUUUGACAUCGUUUAAUCUAUGUAGUAGUUACCUCACUUAAUGUGGAAAAACUUGGUCAUUGUUGUAUAUCUUUGCAUUUCCCCUCUACUCGUGAAUACUUCCAGUUUCUUAGAAAGUGUAAUGUAUUAUGUGUUAAUUGUUAACGUGUGUUGUAAAUAUUCAC